AUGACGGAGAAAACAAGUACAGAAAAGGUCUUGAAAAAAAUUGUAAAGCUUCAUAAUAACGUCUUGCGUUUUGAUAUCGCUACCGUUUUGUUAAAACCAAAUGUUAUUCUAGCUAAAGAUGGUACUGAAAGAUAUAAUCCAAUCAGAGCUAAUUUAGAAAGUUCUAUUGCAGUAUUUGAAACCGAUUAUCCACUUGCAAAAGAGGUCAUUGAUAAAGUUUUUGAAUGGUACGCCAAACAAGAAUAUCCAGAUAUCGACUUUGAGUACUUUAAUGUUACUAUUGAAGAUGGUCAAACCGAACAGCAAAUAUGUGAAAGAAUAUUAGCUGCUAAUCCCACUUUUAUCAUCGAUACAACACGCAGACCAAGAGAUACUGGUAAUCGUGCUGGAACCUUAGCUAAGAGAGUGGCUAGGAAACAGGGUAUUCCAACGGUAAGCGCAACGUAUGGCAAGAUGAAAGGAGUUAUGGAGUGGAAAGAUUUAACUGAAGCUGAACAGCAAUAUUUGAUUCUCAUUCCUCCACCCGGUUACAUCAUUACGCAGGUUGUGAGAGAUAUCGCUUCGCAUCAAAACAUGACGACAACUGGUGUAUUAUUAGACAAAAGCAUCGAUAUGGAUCAAAAAUCAGCUACUUUACUACAAAACAUUGCAACUAGAGCCACUAUUCUGACAGUAGAAGCAAAGCGUCAACUGGUUCAAGAACAAAUACUGAAAAUGAAAUCAAGUGAAACUUCUUUUUAUUUCGUUGUCGGUCCAAGGAACACUAUUAACUUAGCGCUGGAAGUUGCUGAAGCUAAUAAUAUGACGGGAAGAGAAUAUGCUUGGUAUUUAGUCUCACUGGAUCAUGUUGAACCAUCUUGCAAUUGUAGAAAUCUCUCGGCAUUAUGGAUGUCUCCAAGACCAAAAGGGAAAAAGGAUAAAAUUGAGAAAAUAACCAGAAACUUCCAGUUUUCCUCAGAAGUAGAAGUGGCGUUUUAUUACGACUUGGUCCUUUUAACUAUACAAGCAGUCCGAAAACUGAUGACUAACGGUGAGUGGCCAUCACAGCUCAACUAUGGCUCUUGCUCAAUAGACGGAAGAGUUCCGCCCAGCGAACAAACGAAUUUCAAUCUCUUAACUGCUCUGAAACAGGAAGCAUACGAAGGAAUGUUUGGUCAGUUUAAAAUCCAAGAAACAGGAAGUCAUCAGGAAUUGGAACUGUUUAUGCGCAAAGUAACUUUCAUUAACAAUGUUAUAACACAACCCAAAAGACUUGGAGUUUGGACUUAUGGACAACCUACAGGAAAGAUAACAUUUGAACCAGCAAGCGAUCUGAAGGCUUUUUCUGCUAUAACUGUGUACCGUGUCACAACAUUGUCGAUUCCCCCUUUUGUGGUAAAGAAUGUAGAUAAAAACGGUACAGUGACAUUCACUGGUUAUUGUGUGGAGCUUUUGGAUGAUAUCAAGAAAAUUUUAAACUUUGAUUACACAAUAUUUGAGACAGAGGAUAAAAAAUUUGGAACCAUGGAUGAUAAUCUUCAGUGGGAUGGCAUGAUUCGAGAUUUGAUAGACAAGAAAGCGGAAAUUGCUCUUGGUCCUAUUUCAGUAAUGGCAGAGCGAGAAACUGUGGUAGACUUUACUGUACCUUACUAUGAUUUGGUAGGAAUCAGUAUACUUAUGAAAAAGCCGUCUGUGCCAUCAUCUCUCUUCAAAUUCCUCACAGUUCUCGAAGCUAACGUGUGGGCUUGCAUUUUAGCAGCAUACUUUGUUACUAGCUUUCUUCUAUAUUUGUUUGAUCGUCUAAGUCCGUACAGUUAUUACAAUAAUAAAGAAAAAUAUAAAGAUGACGACGAAGAUGAAAAAAGAGACUUCAGCUUGAAAGAGAGCUUAUGGUUUUGCAUGACUUCUUUGACACCACAAGGUGGAGGUGAAGCACCGAGAAAUUUGUCAGGAAGAUUGGUAGCAGCAACCUGGUGGCUGUUCGGAUUCAUCAUAAUUGCUUCCUACACUGCAAAUUUAGCUGCCUUUCUUACAGUCUCCCGUCUUGAUUCUCCUAUUGAAUCUCUCGAUGACCUUGCUAAGCAAUAUAAAAUAAAGUAUGCUGCACAGAAAAGUACGUCAGCUGCAACCUAUUUUGAAAGGAUGGCUUAUAUAGAAGAGAAAUUUUAUGAGAUAUGGAAAAACAUGUCGUUGGAUGACUCGUUGAAUGAAACAGAACGUGCGAAGUUAGCUGUAUGGGAUUAUCCUGUAAGCGAUAAGUAUACCAAAAUUUGGUGGACAAUGAAAGAAACAGGACUGCCAGAAACAUUCGAUGAAGGGGUUGAAAAGGUUUUAGCCUCAAAAGGGUCUCAAGAAGGAUUUGCUUUCAUUGCUGAUUCUACUCAAGUCAAAUAUGCUGUUAUGACUAACUGUGAACUUAUAUCUGUUGGAAGCGAAUUUAGCAGAAAACCGCUAGCAUUAGCAGUUCAGCAAGGCUCCCCACUGAAAGACCAACUUUCCAGUGCCAUUUUAAAGCUAUUAAAUCAGAGAAAGUUGGAAGGGCUAAAAGAAAGAUGGUGGAACAAAAAUCCAGCAAAAGUUGAAUGUGACGACAGUGAACAGCAGAGUGAUGGAAUCAGCAUAGCAAACAUCGGUGGUGUGUUUAUAGUAAUAUUUAUUGGAGUAGUGCUGGCCUUAGUGACACUGGCAAUAGAAUACUGGUUCUAUAAGAAAAGAAAACAUCGUAACACCAGAGUAGUUACUGUGGAUACCUACAACAAUAACAGACGUGGAAUACGUUAGACUGUAAUGAUGUGUAUAUUUUUAAUCAAAAGUCAAAAUCUUUUUAAUAAAACAAAGAAAAAAUUGUAUAUUUCCUCUCCUGGAAUUACAAUUGUUAAAAAGUAUUAAGAACUUUCUAGUUGUUUCAAUAUUUUCAAUAAAUAUUUCUUAUGACGCAAGAAUAAAUAUUACUAUCACUUAAAUAAUAUCAGUUGUAUUGAUAUGCAUUGCUAUGUGAAAGCAUCAUUGACUAUCAAGUAAGAAGUUUUGCAUUUGAAGAAAUUUGCAGUGUGAAGACUUGUUAAUAGCCAGAAACUACUUUUAAACUUUUUUUUAAAUGCUUAUACAUACAACUUUAAAUCUUCUCCCUAAAAUUUGCU